UUGUUAGUUGAUUUGAUAUUCUAGUGACAAUGUGAAAUGCAAUGUAUAGAAAAAAAUUAUUCCAACGUUUUGGAUAUGAGUUGUAUUCAAUAUUACUAAUGAAAUUAAGAGUCGAUUGAUUCAUGUCACCUAGGUACUAAGUGAUAUAGAAUAGUAUGUAACCAUAAAAGUAUUUAUAUAUAUGGACUUGCAUUAUGCUACUAUGUGAUAUUCAUGAACUUACACCGUGCUAUUUUUUAUAAUUGUAGGACAAUGCCAGACAUAGUGUGGGAGCAUGGCCAAAAGGUCGGGGGUGGUUUCAAAUGCAAGUAUUGCAGGGAGGAGAAGGGUGGGGGAGGAGCAACACAGUUCAAAGAGCAUUUGGCACAUAGGGGGAAAGAUGUGAAGGACUGCCCUUCGGUUCCGACCGAAGUUAAGGAAUUCUUUAGUGAGCAGUUGUACAGGAACAAGGUUAGAGCAAAAGCAAGGGCCCGAGAAAGAGUGAUGAGGGACCAAGCAGCAAGGGGGACUGCUCAUGCUCACUUAAGCCGGUUUAAUUUGGGCGGUGCUGCUACACAGAUGUUCACUGACAUAGGCUCUGCUCAUGCUCACGAUGAAGAUGUGGAGGCAUGGGCCGAAAAAAUAAUUGGAGACACACAUCUGGGAAAAAUGAAGACUAAGAUUGGUCCCGAAAUGAGAAAAGGGAAGAAAACAUGCACUGAGGAGGAGUUUGGUAGUGACGAAACCACACCUGAGCCUAGUGGUGGUGAGGAGAUUGGUCAUGAUGAUGAUGAUGAUGAUGAUUCCAGUAGCAGUCAAGGUGAUGGCAGUGACGGUGAUGCCAAUGAUGGCGAUGAUGGCAACGAGAGUGGUGGUAAUGAUGGCGACGAGGGUGGAGGAGCUGAUACUUCAGGUUAUUAUAUAGCUCCUACUAUAAUGUUCACUGGGGAGGAAGACUUCACCCAUGCAACACAAGAUACAGAUCAUGGAGCACCUACUUCACAACGACAAACAACAUCGACACGUCGACAUGGUCGACAGGCCCCACUUGCAUAUGAUGAAGAUAGCUCCAACUCUGCGUCCAGUGUUCAGUACUACAACCCGUACAGUACUUCUCCCCCUCAAGGGGGCUUUCUGUGGCCACCACCAGGGGUGGUGCACCCGCCACUUCCGCAGGCAGUUGCAGCAUUGCCUUAUUUGGAUUAUCACGGCUACCUACCAUAUGGAGCUCCACAGUUGCAAUAUCACCCACCUACGUACGUGUAUUUGCCACCAACAGACGAGCCGUAUGAGGGACCACCGGGAGAGAGAUAUGAGGACUGAAGAAUGCAGAGAAUAUGUUACAUGGACUUAGUAUGGACUAUGCCUUUGCCUCUGUUGGAUCUUUGGAUUGUAAUAAUUCUAAUAGACUUUGGAUGUAUUGCGUUGUAUGUGUGGACUUUGGACAUGAGUUAUGUGUUAAAUGGUGUAUUUGUCAUUGUUUUGUGCAGUUAUAUAUAUGUUAUGCAU